AUGAAAUACGUUUAUGUCGGAGAGGAUAUCUUGGCAAAAUGGCCUAAAAAUUAUCCAUAUGCAGUUGGUGGUGUCUUUUUGAAAAGCAGGGAAGAUAUUAUCAAAAGUUCGAGUGAAUAUGUCUGGCUGCUUUCUUAUCUGCCCAGAUCCAGAGAUUUCUUUUUUCCCUUCGUUGGUCAAAUCGAAUUCGCAGGUCAAAUUGAACUCCACGCUGCCAAGGAAGUAAUCAGAAGAGAGAAAACUGUAUUAUAUGUACCCGGCGCCGCCGUAAUGGGCCCUAUAUUGUAUCUCCUAGCUGUGUUACUUCUUGAAACAUCGUUUGUCACACCAUUGAUUGAAGAAAGAUUUUGUGGUUUUCGACAUCAGCAAAUGUUAGCCGGUUUAUCGCCGCUUGUGUAUUGGACAGCAACCUUUUUUUGGGACGUUUGCUUGACAGGAUCCGUCUUAGCUAUAAUGGUAACAUUUAUGAAGAUUAUUCUACAAUUAUCUUGGUGGAUGCUUUUGUGA